AUGGCUUUCCUACUCUUCCUGCAGCUGCUGCUCCUGCCUCUCACUCUGGCCUUUCCAUCGCAUUACUCUCGCGAUGCUGUUCCUGUCCGCCCCUUGAAUGACUCGUUCUACACUCCCCCCGUGGGCUAUGAAUCCACUGCCCCAGGAACAAUUCUCCGAUCGAGAACCCCUCCGUAUCCCAUUUCUGCAUUCAGCCUGGCCAAGGUGAACAUUGCUGCCGCGCAUCAGCUGCUCUAUCGAACCACCGACACGUUUGGCAAUGCCAGUGCCACUGUCUCGACCAUUCUCGUCCCGCAUAAUGCAGACUAUACCAAGCUGCUUUCCUACCAAGUUGCGGAAGAUGCAUCAAACCCCAACUGUGCGCCGUCGUAUGCUUUCCAACUCCACUCUGCCGCCGAAGACGGUCCACUGGGUCUCGUCAUGCCCCAGCUGGAACUCGUGUUUAUUGCUUCUGCGCUAGAAAAGGGCUGGGUGGUGACGGUGCCUGACCAUCUCGGCCCGAAGGGGACUUUCCUCGCGAAUACUAUGUCUGGGCAUGCGGUGCUGGAUGGGAUCCGUGCUGCGAAGCUGUCCAGCAACUUCACCCACAUCGCAGACCACCCGACCAUCUCGCUGUGGGGAUACUCGGGGGGCAGUCUUGCGUCUGGAUUCGCGGCUGAGUUGCAGCCGAGCUAUGCGCCCGAGUUGGACAUUGCCGGUGCUGCGCUGGGAGGGACAGUGCCUCGCAUUCUGCCUGUGAUUGAGGCUGCGAAUAAGAGUCCCUUUGCUGGGUUGAUUCCCUCUGGGAUCCAGGGACUGGCGAACGAGUACCCCGUCAUCCAGAAGUUGAUCGAGGAGAACAUCGUGCCCGAGAAGAUGGCCGAGUUUGAAAAGGUCAAGCAUCUCUGUCUGACUGGUGAUAUCUUUCAGUUCUUCGGCCAGGAUGUCUACAACUACACCAGGAACAGGGACAUCUUCACCCAGCCCGACGCAGCCAAGGUGAUGGAUGCCAACGCCAUGGGACAGAAGACGCCCAAGAUCCCGCUGUUCGUGUACAAGUCUGCUGGCGAUGAGAUCAGCCCGGUCAAUGACACCGACACUCUGGUCCAGAACUACUGCAGUAAUGGUGCGACGGUCGAAUACAAACGCGACAUUUUGUCCGAGCACGCUGCCAUGGACAUCGUCGGUGCUCCCGACGCCAUGAUCUGGUUGAAUGAGCGUAUGAAUAGACAAGCCCUCAAGCCAGGCUGCAGCAACUCCACUUCGCUGACCAGCUUGACUGACCCUGGUGCGUUGGGUGCGUUGGGCGUUGGCGUUGUUGAUACUCUGUUGGAUUUGCUGGGGAAGCCUGUCGGCCCGUUCCAGUUUGGAAUAUAA